AUGGCUAAAAAAGGAAAGAAAGGAGGUAAAAAUGCCGAUUGGGAAGAUGAAGAUAUGUAUCAAACAGCUGAUGCUGAAGAAUUUGGUCAAACUGAAGAAACUUCCGGUGAAACUGCCUCAGAAACUCCUGUAGAAGACGCAGAAGCUUCAGGUCCUGUUGAAGCAGAAGCUGCCACUGCUGAUGACUUUGGUGGUGAUUUCUUAAGUUCAAUUAGAAAAUCUAAGAAGAAAAAGGAAGAUAAAGAAGAAGAAAUUAAGAAAGAUGCUCCAAAGAUCUUAAGUAAGAAAGAAAAGGAAAAAUUAAAGAAAGAAGCAGAAAAGCAAAAGAAGAAAGAACAAGCUGCUAAAAAGAAAGCUCAACAAGCAGAAAAGAAGGAACAAAUCAAAGAAGCUAAUAAGAAAAAUGCUCAAGGUUCAGCUUCAGAUACUUCAGCUACUGCUACCCCAGAACCUGAAGAACCAAAAGAAGAGGAAAAACCUAAAGCUGCCAGUAAGAAAAAGAAAGGUCCACCAGGUUUAUCAGCUUUAAAACGUCAAUUAGAAUUGAAAAAACAAUUGGAAGAAGAACAACAACGUUUGGAAGAAGAAGAAGAAGCUAAAAGAUUAGAAGAAGAAAGAAAAGUCAAAGAAGAAGAAGAAAAACAAGCUGCUGCUAAAGCUGCUAAAAAAGAAAAGGAAAGAUUGAAGAAAGAACAAUUAAAAGCUGAAGGUAAGUUAUUAACCAAGAAACAAAAGGAAGAAAAGAAAUUACAAGAACGUCGUCGUGCUCAAUUAUUAGCAGGUAAUGUUCAAGUUGCUGGUUUACAACAACAAAACAAACCUACUGAAAAACCUAAAAAAGUUGUUUAUACUAAGAAGAAAUCCACUAAAGCUAAGACUUUCAUCCAAAACAACAAAGCUCAAGAGAAACCUAAAGAAGAAGACGAUGAUGUCGUUGACGAUUGGGAAGCUAUGCUCGAUGAUGAAGAUGUUGACGAAGAUUGGGAAGCUGCUACUGAAGAACCAAAAGAAGAAACUCCUGUAGCUGAAGAAGAAUCCGAAGAUGACGAUGAAGAUGAUGAAGAAGAAGAAGUUGAAGUUGAAGCUACUAAAGUUAAAGCUGAAAACGAACAAUUGAAACAACAAUUAGCUGAAAAAGAAAAGAAAAUUCAAGAAGUUGAAGAAAGUAAGAAAUCUAUUGAAAAGGCUAAAGUUAUCGCUGAAUCCAAAUCUUCAGAUAAAGAUUUACGUUCUCCAAUUUGUUGUAUCUUGGGUCAUGUUGAUACUGGUAAAACUAAAUUGUUAGAUAAAAUCCGUCAAACUAAUGUUCAAGGAGGUGAAGCUGGUGGUAUUACCCAACAAAUUGGUGCCACUUAUUUCCCAGUUGAAGCUAUUAAACAAAAAACUGAAGUCAUGACCAAAUAUGAAAAGAGAUUAUUCGAAGUUCCAGGUUUAUUAAUUAUUGAUACUCCAGGGCAUGAAUCUUUCACCAAUUUAAGAUCAAGAGGUUCAUCAUUAUGUAAUAUUGCUAUUUUAGUUAUUGAUAUUAUGCAUGGUUUAGAACAACAAACUAUUGAAUCCAUUAGAUUAUUGAGAGAUAGAAAAGCUCCUUUCAUUGUUGCAUUGAAUAAAAUCGAUAGAUUAUAUGGUUGGGAAACCAUUCCAAAUAAUUCAUUCCGUGAUUCUUUCUCCAAACAAAAAGCUUCAGUUCAAAGUGAAUUUCAAAACAGAUAUGAACAAAUUAAAGUUGCUUUAGCUGAACAAGGAUUGAAUUCUGAGUUAUAUUUCCAAAACAAGAAUAUGUCUAAAUAUGUUUCCAUUGUCCCAACAUCAGCUGUUACUGGUGAAGGGGUACCAGAUUUAUUAUGGUUAUUAUUAGAAUUGACUCAAAAGAGAAUGUCUAAACAAUUAAUGUACUUAACUAAAACUGAAGCUACCAUUUUGGAAGUCAAAGUUGUUGAAGGUUUUGGUUACACUAUCGAUGUAGUUUUAUCUAAUGGGGUAUUGAGAGAAGGUGACAGAGUAGUAUUGUGUGGAUUAAAUGGUCCUAUUGCUACUAAUAUAAGAGCUUUAUUAACUCCUCCACCAUCAAGAGAAUUAAGAAUCAAAUCAGAAUAUGUCCAUCAUAAAGAAGUAAAAGCUGCUUUAGGGGUUAAAAUUGCUGCUAAUGAUUUAGAAAAAGCUGUCGCUGGUUCAAGAUUGAUUGUCGUUGGUGAAGAUGAUGAUGAAGAAGAAAUCAUGGAAGAAGUUAUGGAUGAUUUAACUGGUUUAUUGGAUUCAGUUGAUACUUCAGGUAGAGGUGUUACCGUUCAAGCUUCAACUUUAGGUUCAUUAGAAGCUUUAUUGGAUUUCUUAAAAGAUAUGAAAAUUCCUGUUAUGUCUAUCGGUUUAGGUCCAGUAUCUAAGAGAGAUGUUAUGAAAGCUACAACCAUGUUGGAUAAAGCUCCAGAAUUAGCCAUUAUGUUGUGUUUUGAUGUCAAAGUUGAUAAAGAAGCUGAACAAUAUGCUAAUGAACAAAAUAUUAAAAUCUUCAAUGCCGAUAUUAUUUAUCAUUUAUUCGAUGCUUUCACUGAUUAUCAAAAUAAAUUAAUGGAACAACGUCGUAAAGAUUUCAUGGAAUAUGCUAUUUUCCCAACAGUCUUGAAAACCAUUCAAAUCAUUAAUAAACGUAAUCCUAUGAUUAUUGGGGUUGAUGUUGUUGAAGGAGCUGUUAGAGUUGGUACACCAAUUUGUGCUGUUAAAAAAGAUCCUGUCACUGGAGCUACUAAUAUUUUAGUCUUAGGUAAAGUUGUUUCUUUGGAAGUUAACCACAAUUCUACUGAUAUAGUGAAGAAAGGACAAACUGCUCAAGGGGUUGCUAUGAGAUUAGAAAAUCCAUCGAGUGCUCAACCUGUUUGGGGAAGACAUGUUGAUGAAAAAGAUAAUUUAUAUUCUUUAAUCAGUCGUAAAUCAAUUGAUACUUUAAAAGACCCUGCUUUCAGAGAAUCUGUUAGUAGAGAUGAUUGGUUAUUGAUUAAGAAAUUAAAACCAGUAUUUGAUAUUAAAUAA